GCGCGGAAGGCUGCGGUGCGGGCUGGAGAGUGCGUGUCUCUCGCGGGGGAGGGGUGACGGCGGGGCCGGUCAAAGAGCAGCCGAGCGCCGCGCGAAGGGAUCCCCGAUCGAGCUCACGCGGGGAUUUUAAUCCGAUUCCGGCCGGCCCGGAUUUUAUCGAGAGCGGGUUUUAAGGCGGUUCUGUCUCCGGCCUCGGGAGACGGGCAGGAUGUCCGAAGUGGAGCAGCAGGUGGCGGAUCCCGCCGACGCCACCCAGAACGGGCACGAAGCGGCCGAAGGCGCCGGGGAGCAGCAGGCCGAGAGCGGCGGAGCGGCGGCGCCGGUGGCCGCCAGCCAGAACGGAGCCGAAGGCGACCAGAUCAACGCCAGCAAGAACGAGGAGGAUGCGGGGAAAAUGUUUGUUGGUGGCCUCAGCUGGGAUACAAGCAAAAAAGACUUGAAAGACUACUUCACUAAAUUUGGUGAAGUGGCUGACUGUACAAUAAAGAUGGACCCGAACACAGGAAGAUCAAGAGGUUUUGGAUUUAUUUUGUUCAAAGAAGCUGGAAGUGUUGACAAGGUAUUGGAACAGAAAGAACACAGGUUAGAUGGGCGACUUAUUGACCCCAAGAAGGCCAUGGCAAUGAAAAAAGAUCCAGUGAAGAAAAUUUUUGUUGGUGGACUUAACCCUGAAGCCACAGAAGAGAAAAUCCGGGAAUACUUUGGAGAGUUUGGAGAGAUUGAAGCAAUUGAACUUCCAAUGGAUCCAAAGACCAACAAAAGGAGAGGCUUUGUGUUCAUCACUUUCAAGGAAGAAGAUCCAGUCAAGAAGAUCUUGGAAAAAAAAUUCCAUAAUGUUAGCGGAAGCAAGUGUGAGAUCAAGGUAGCGCAGCCAAAGGAAGUAUACCAGCAGCAACAAUUCAGUAGUGGUGGAGGAAGAGGCAGCUAUGGAGGAAGAGGCAGAGGUGGAAGAGGUGGUCAAGGCAGUGCAAAUUAUGGGAAAAGUCCAAGACGUGGUGGUCAUCAGAAUAAUUACAAGCCAUAUUGAUCAAAUUUAUUCAGGUUAAACUGAAACUGAUUUUGAGGGUCUGCUUAAAGCUGCAGCUCUGCAACUAGGGACUGCCUCUUGGAGUUUACUAUGGACUCUGCAUUACUCCAGUUGUACAGAAUGAGAUGUAUCUUAGGGAACCAGUGUCACUUUCCACCUUUUUAUUUUGUAUUGUUUUUGUGUCAUACAUUUCCUGUAAUGGAAGUGUUAAUUUUACUGUACUUUUUGGUACCUUUUUGGAAUCUAAUGUAUUGUAAGGUAUUUUACAUGUGUUCUGAUUCACCAUGACAUGGAUAUUGAAGCUAUCCUAGCUUUUGAAAUAAAAAAGGUGUAAUCUAG